UGAGCCUACAACAGCUUCAUCGAGCACUGGGGGGAUGAACAAACGAUGGGUGGACGAUUAGCAUACGAGUCGUAUGAAUAUUUGAACUAUUUUUUGUGGUUUUGAACAAUGGGUGCUGGGGAUCGUUACAUUACAACUACAAAUGAGUAUUUUAAAACAUGGAACAAAGCUCGGGAGAAACAACAGAAUGCAGAGGAAUCCGCCGUUGAUGUGGACAGCAGCGAUUCGAGCACAUCCAAACAAUCCAGUGAGCACGGUGAUAUGAGCAACAAAACAGAUGGUGACGAAAAUGAAAACAAAAUAGAGUUCAAGACAAAACGACGUAGGAUAGUUGAUUUUGUUAAAUGCUGUGGAUGCCGUGCUGUUGAUCAAUUAAUCCGCAGUUGGGUUGUUCAUCCUUCGGAUCCUGGUUACUAUAACUGGCUAGCUGUGAUAUCAUGUGCCAUCAUGUAUAACGUCUUCCUCAUCAUUGCCCGAUCUGUGUUCUGGGACCUACAGGAAUAUUACGUGCACGUGUGGCUGCCCUUAGAUGCAAUCAGUUACAUAUUGUAUAUUCUAGACGUACUAGUACAGUUUAGAACAGGUUAUUUGGAGCAUGGCCUUAUGGUGACAGACUUUAAAAAACUUGCAAAACACUAUACAAAAACCUGGACGUUUAAACUGGAUAUCAUCAGUAUAAUCCCAUUCGAAAUUGGAUAUAUUUGGACUGGAGUUAAUACACCAGAAUUACGAUUUAACCGACUUAUCAAAUUUACUAGACUCCUUGAGUUCUUUGAUAGAACUCUCCGAAGAACAAAUUUUCCUAAUCUCUUCAGGGUUUUUAACCUUGUGUUCUAUAUAGUAAUCAUCGUUCACUGGAAUGCGUGUAUAUAUUUUGCCAUAAGCAACCAAAUGGGAUUUGGCGUUGACAAAUGGGUGUAUCCUAAUAUCUCUGACCCAAUUAACAGAUCUUUAUCAAGGAUGUAUAUCUAUUCAUUUUAUUGGUCCAGUUUGACACUGCUUACUAUAGGUGAAACCCCGCACCCAGAACAGGAUAUUCAGUUCUUGUUUGUUGUGUUCGACUAUCUCAUCGGGGUCUUGAUAUUUGCUUCAAUUGUUGGAAACGUCGGAUCUAUGAUUACCAACCUCAACGAGGCCAGGGCGGAUUUUCAGCGUAAACUAGACAGUGUCAAGCAAUAUAUGGAUGUACGUAAAGUAGACCCAGAUCUAGAAAAACGAGUAAUCAAGUGGUUUGAUUAUCUAUGGAGUAAUAAACAGACAUUGAACGAAGAGGCCAUACUCUCCGCUUUACCUGACACUCUUAGGGCUGAACUAGCGAUUCAUAUUCAUUUAGACACUUUGAAAAGAGUGAGCAUAUUCCAAGACUGCGAUCCUGGCUUACUGGUCGAGCUCGUCCUUAAACUUAAACUCAGUGUCUAUAGUCCAGGGGAUUAUAUAUGUAGAAAAGGAGAUAUUGGAAGGGAGAUGUAUAUUGUGAAACGUGGAAGGCUCACCGUUGUCGGUGAUGAUGGAAGCUCAGUUUUAGCAUCCCUACAAGAGGGAAGUGUAUUUGGUGAAGUAAGUGUUCUAAACAUUGUUGGAGCAAAGUCAGGUAAUAGGAGGACAGCUAAUGUCCGUAGCCAAGGGUACUCAGACCUUUUUGUGUUAUCUAAGCAGGACCUCUGGGAUACACUUAAAGAAUACCCGGAUGCAAAGGCUAAACUUAUAGAGAAUGGACGGAACAUUCUGAUGAAACACAAUCUUAUUGAUCCCGAAGCUGAAGUCAAGGAGAGCCAACGAAAGGAAUUGGCAACUGAGCAAUUGGGUGAACUUGAAGCAAGAUUCGACGUAAUGCAGAGACAAUUCUCCAGACUCAUCGGUGAUUAUAAAGCCACUGAAAAUAAACUCAAACGUCGAGUAGCUGUUCUUGAAAGAGCAUUCAAACUGCAGAAAACGCAACUUGAGCCAAUUGCAAAUGCUGACUAGUUAAUUUAGAAGAAUCAUUAUUCACUGUUUGUUUUCUUUACAAGUACUUGUUUUUAUCUCCAAUUUGGAGCAUCAUCACAAUAUAUGUUGAUCAAUGUAAAUGUUCUUUGAUUAAAUGAGUGAUGUUAUCCGUAGUUACAUUCCCAAGAACAGCUGACGAAUCCCUAAUUGCGGGAUAAGGUUUUGUAUGGACGUGGCAGAUAGGAUAAUAAUCGUGCAAUUUUCCAAUUAUAUAUGUUUGUUAAGAGGAGUGUCACGUUUGGGUGAAUUCUUAAAAUAGGUAGUCUGAGACUGAUUAUCACUCAAAUUGAGUUGUUAAUUAGUACGGUUUGUUGAAGACUUACAACAUGAUUAGCAUCAUCCUACUCAGCAUCCGAUAUGCCGCUUGCCCGCUUCUGAGUGGUCA